AUGGCAACUUUUGGCAACGAAGCAGUCCCCCCAUCCAAGCAGCAGAAGCUGCAUUUCGAAAUUGACAAAGCAGAAGCUGAAGAAGAGGAUGAUAAUCCAAUUGAGGAAGUCAGGCUCACAGUUCCGAUCACCGAUGACCCCAAACAGGCAGUCUUAACAGUUCGAACAUGGAUUCUUGGGAUAGCAGCAUGCGUCCUUCUUGCAUUUGUGAAUCAAUUCUUCCAGUUUCGCCAAAACCAGCUAUCUAUUGGUUCAGUUACGGCACAAAUUCUUGUUCUCCCCAUUGGAAAGUUCAUGGCUUCAACGUUCCCAAAGAAAGAAAUUCAUGUCCCAUUUACAAAAUGGUCAUUUUCCUUGAAUCCGGGGCCUUUCAACCUGAAAGAACAUGUAUUGAUCACCAUAUUUGCCAACUGUGGAGCAAAUAGUGUAUAUGCAGUAUACAUUAUUACAAUUAUCAAAGCCUUCUACCACAAGGGGCUCCAUCCAGUGGCCGCUAUGUUGCUAGCACAAACCACUCAGUUGCUUGGUUAUGGAUGGGCUGGCACGUUCAGAAAAAUUCUUGUAGAUUCGCCUUACAUGUGGUGGCCUGCAACGCUGGUGCAAGUCUCUCUAUUCAGGGCAUUGCAUGAGAAGGAAAAGAGAGAAAAGGGAGGACGUACAAGGCUGCAAUUCUUUGCCAUUGUCUUCUUUUCAAGCUUUGCUUACUAUAUUGUUCCAGGCCACUUUUUCCCUUCGCUAUCCGCUCUCUCCUUUGUUUGCUGGAUAUGGAAGGACUCGGUCACUGCUCAACAGAUUGGUGCUGGGUUAAAUGGCCUUGGAAUUGGCUCCUUUGGUAUUGACUGGUCGACUAUUGCUGGUUUCUUGGGGAGUCCUCUAGCUUACCCUUUCUUUGCCAUUGCCAACACCAUGGUUGGUUUUAUCUUGUUUAUGUAUGUGAUUGUGCCCAUAGCGUACUGGUCCAACUUUCGUGAAGCCAAGAGAUUCCCCAUAUUUACCUCCCACACUUAUGAUAGUAUGGGUCAGCCGUUCAACAUAACCCGAGUUCUUAAUGAGAAAACUUUCGACAUGAAUCUAACGGAAUAUCACAAUUACAGCAAACUCUAUCUAAGUAUUUUCUUCGCCUUCGUAUAUGGAUUGAGUUUUGCAGCUCUAACAUCAACCCUUACACAUGUUGCUCUCUUUGAGGGAAAAAAUAUCUUGAAACUGUGGAAGAAGACAAAAACUGCAGUGAAAGACGAGUUUAGUGAUGUGCACACAAGAAUUAUGAAGAAGAACUAUGAUGUUGUCCCUCAAUGGUGGUUCACUGUUAUCUUGAUUAUAUCAGUUGCUCUUGCGCUUUUUGCUGUGGAAGGUUUUGGCAAACAGCUUCAACUACCUUGGUGGGGACUUCUCUUAGCUUGUUUAAUUGCACUACUUUUCACCUUACCCGUCGGAGUAGUUCAGGCGACAACAAACUCGCAAAUCGGACUAAAUGUGAUCACGGAAUUGGUUAUUGGGUACAUUUACCCAGGGAAGCCUCUUGCUAAUGUGGCUUUCAAGACGUAUGGCUACAUUAGCAUGUCACAAGCACUCGGUUUUCUGCUAGACUUCAAAUUAGGGCACUAUAUGAAGAUCCCUCCCAAAUCUAUGUUCGUUGUUCAGCUAGUUGGAACAAUAGUUGCUUCAACCGUUUACUUUGCCACGGCAUGGUGGCUUCUCUCAACUAUUCCCGACAUCUGUAACCCAGACUUGCUUCCUGAUGGGAGUCCAUGGACCUGCCCCGGUGGUGAGGUCUUCUACAAUGCUUCGAUCAUUUGGGGAGUCGUAGGACCACUCAGAAUGUUCACAAGUCACGGUGUCUACCCGGAGCAAAACUGGUGGUUCCUCAUUGGUUUCCUUGCCCCAAUUCCAACUUGGUUACUCGCACGCAAAUACCCUGAGAAAAAAUGGAUCAAGUUGAUCCACAUGCCCCUCAUCCUUAGUGCCACUGCAGGCAUGCCACCGGCAAGAACUGUGCACUUCUGGUCUUGGGGAGUUGUUGGAUUUGUCUUCAACUACUAUAUUUACAAGAGGUACAAGGGAUGGUGGGCUAGGCACAACUACAUCUUAUCAGCUGCUUUGGAUGCUGGUGUUGCCUUCAUGGCUGUUAUCCUGUAUUUUACCCUUCAAUCCAAGGAUAUCUAUGGUCCAAACUGGUGGGGUUUAGACUCUUCUGACCAUUGUCCAUUGGCAAAAUGUCCUACAGCACCAGGGAUUGAGGUCAAGGGAUGCCCUGUUCUUUGA